UUUAUUAUCUCUGAAAUGUAGAAUACUUUCUCCUUGAAUUUAAUUUUCUAUACAAAAGCAUACGAAUUCGUUUUAUAUCAAAAUUGAUUAUUUUAGUAUCUUAAACGAUAUUAUAAUAUUGAUUUUCUUGUUUUAAAAUGCUCAACAACGCCAUCUUAUUAUUAACGGUUCCGUAUCCGACACUCUCCGUCGGUAAUUUGAAAUUUACCACAACGGUGCGAUAGUAAUCCUCAUCGUAAAAAAAUUACUGGUCUUUAUUAACGGUGUAUUUUAGUGUAAGCGUAUUAAAUAAUUGUAAUAUUUUUGAAUAAUGCUAAAAUAAAUUUAGUGCGGCGGGAAAAUUACACAGUUUUCCGCACUUCCCCCGCCUACCGCGAGUUUCUACUGCGCACGCGCCGUACAAAUUAUUGGAGGAAUUAUUCUUGGGUAUUUGGGAAUAGUUUUAUUUUUCGGAAAAUUCAGUUUUUCAUGGAAAGUGGCCUUCCGGAUAGGAAUAACUGAUACAAUAAUGGCUUCAAACUCUUCCGUGGACCGACUGGAUUCCGUAGAAUCCGAAAUCGAUUUACCUGCGGAAAUUGAUCCCAGCAAAACAAAACUUGUGAUCGAAAACCAUUCUGAUGACAUAACAAUUUCAAAGUGUGAGGACAAUCAAGGAGGGCAGGAAAUGAGCUCCAGCUCUACUAAAAACGCUGUACCCGCGCUGAAGGCACAAGUUUUACCUUUGGUUUAUUUUCAAAAUAAUAAUAAGGCCUCUUUUAUGAGUAACAAAAGCAAUAAUAACAACUUUAUUUUGGGUCCUAUCACAACAAGCUACACAAACAAGCCGAACUCUAGUAAAAAUGUUAUUUUGACUUCUGGUCGUGGUCCUGUGGUUUUACCUAAACCGAUGGCAAUAGUACCAGCAGGGGGUAAGGGUGGUUCUGCUUAUGUCACAAUGUUGAAGCAAGUACCAAAACCUGCAGAUUUUGCAGUAGAUGCGACUAAGAUAACUGAAGUUAAGAUGAUAGGACAGACUAAUGGUUUUAUACAGGGCGGAACGUCGUCUCAGAAAAUUUUACUGGCUCCUAUGCCGAAGGUGCAAUCAAACAGACCUCCUGUUACAGCCACAACUAAUUCAGUACAGUCAAAAUUCACUGUAUUACCGAUGCCGGUUCCACCUAACGACUCUGGGAGUUCAGGAAUUCCAAAAAUUUAUAAUUUUCAAAUUUCGGAUGGCAAAUUGCAGUAUUCGAAUUUUAGGAAUCCGAUAAGUAUUUUGCAGAGUAAAAACGAGGUUCCAGAAAAACCGGCGGUUUCUGCUGAUAAGCUUGAUGUUAUAGUCGAAAAAAACGAUAUUAGCAACAAGACUUAUGAACUGUCAAUUGCUGAAGAGUCCUCGAGUAACCAGAGCGACAGCAGGCUUGUGGUUUCUUCAGUUGAUAGCAAUUCUUCCAGUGACAACAAUGCCAAUUCAAAGCAAACAGCAACUUUUACUCCGGGAGUCUCGAUUUUGAAGAAAAACUUCCCUUCUGCCUUGUUUGAACUGGACAAACCUGAGUUUAUCACGUCCCAAAAUAAUUCCAAUCAAACUAUAACCAGUACCAACAGUCAAAUUGAGGAAAAAACUGCUGUUACAAGCGUACCAAAAACUUCAAAACCAGAAAAGAAUCGAAGAAAGUCUGCUUUUAGUUUCAGAAAGGAUUUCGAUGAUAUGGAGAUAAGUUUUUUCGAUUCGAAAACCGAAAAAACCAGUAAACUUCCUGAGGUAGUCGAAGUGAAGGUCGAGAAAGAGGUUAAAAAUGAGGAACAGCCCAAACCUGAGGUGGUUCCGGAUCCGAAGAACAUUUUUAACUUCAGCGAGAGCGACAUAAACGCAGCUAAACUCCUGAAAUGGGAGGAUGGUAUAGGAACCCUUCCAGGAAGUGAUUUAAAGUUUAUUGUAAAUGAGUUUGGUAUGAUCGAGUACCUUCUGGAAGAAGAUCACCAGAAAAUGAUUGAGAAAAAACAGCAAGAAGCCAAAAUCAAGGAAGAUAUGGAGAAAGAAGUACGAUGUCUGGAGUGUGGAUGUUACGGUAUCAGAUCUGACUUUAUUUCAUCGAAUUUCUGCAGUAACGAGUGUCAGAUUGCUUGUCUGAACAUCAUUAAAAAACCACCCGACGCAUCCUCUUCUUCGGUACUUAAAAAUAAUAAUAAACCUCAAAAAAGAAAGUUUGGUAAAAAUAAAUCAGACAAUGACAUAAAAGACGCAGACAGUGGUGACGAAGAAAACUCAAACCACUCAAACCAAGACAAAUUUGUGUAUCCCUGGGCAUGCAAAAAGAAGGGUUUUUCAUGGUCAAAGUACCUAACCCACGUCAGUGCUAAAGCUGCACCAACUAAACUCUUCAAAGACCCGUUUCCAUAUAACAGGAAUGGGUUCAAAAUCGGUAUGAAGCUGGAAGGGGUCGAUCCACAGCAUCCAGGCUAUUUUUGUGUUCUGUCUGUGAUGGAUACGGUGGGGUACAGGAUUAGGUUGCAUUUCGAUGGGUACUCGGAUAACUAUGACUUUUGGGUGAAUGCAGAUAGUAUGGAUAUUUUUCCGAUGGGUUGGUGCGAGAAGUACGGGCAUGUUUUGAGGCCUCCGCCUGGGUAUACCGACGAGACGUUCAAUUGGUUGCAGUACUUGAAGGAUACGAAGAGCACGGCUGCUCCGAAGCAUUUGUUUGCCAACAGAGCUGGACAGGCAAUCUGUCCAAAUGGUUUUAGAAUAGGAAUGAAGUUGGAAGCGGUGGACAAGAAGGACUCGGCAUUGGUUUGCGUUGCCACAGUCAGAGACAUGAUGGACAACAGACUUUUGAUCCAUUUUGACGGUUGGGAUGACAUUUACGAUUAUUGGGCGGACCCUACGUCACCCUACAUCCACCCUGUAGGGUGGUGCGAUCAGUAUGGACAUAAUUUAACUCCCCCUAGCGAUUACCCGACACCUGAAAAUUUUACUUGGGAAAAAUAUCUUAAAGAAAAGAAGGCUGUGGCAGCACCAGUAAGAGCUUUCAAACAACGGUCUGCUUGUGGAUUCAAAAGAGGCAUGAGACUGGAAUGUGUGGACAAAAGAGUUCCACACCUGAUCAGGGUAGCCACGGUAGAUGACGUAAAAGAACACCAAAUCAGAAUCCAUUUUGACGGAUGGCUUGACAGAUACAGCUAUUGGGUCGACGAUGACAGCCCCGACAUUCAUCCAGUGGGCUGGUGUCAAAAAACAGGCCAUCCCAUGGAACCACCUUUGACUCCUGAUGAUGUCUAUGACUUUUUGGAAUGUCCCACGGUGGGUUGUAGAGGACAAGGACACAAACUGGGACUGAAACACAGCACGCAUUCCAGUCAGAAGUACUGUCCUUAUGCGGAGGCUAACGUUGACACUGACAAAAUCAUUCCUGACAGGUUGCUCACUCCCGACAGGAGUCCUGAGGCCAAAGUUCCUGUGUCCCGAGAACCAAAGGAUUAUAAACAGAAACCCAGGGUAGGUAGGCCACCGAAAUGGCUGAAAGAACUGGAAGCCUCCAAUUCACAAAGCGCCCCCAGCGAAGAACCCCCCGAAAAGAAACUCAAGAAAAAACACCCUUCGGUAUCCCCCAAACUAAAACACGAAAAAAGCGAAGAAGACGCGAGCAAAUGUUCCUCCACAUCUACACAGUACCAAUCGAUCGCAAAAGCGAAAAAAAUAAUCGAAAAAUCCCGAAUCUACCCCGCCGAAAAAGAGUCCUGGAAGAGACACUCGGAUUUCCUCAACAACUAUGUUUCACCCCACGAUAAUCCGUUGGAAUGGUCCACCGAUGACGUCGUUGACUUCGUCAGUUCCAUACCCGGCUGUGAAUCGAGCGUAGCGAACUUCCUGGCCAAUGAGGUGGAUGGGGAGGCGUUGCUCCACCUCAGCCAACGUGAUAUAGUGCAGCUGUUGCAUUUCAAGGUCGGGCCAGCUGUCAAACUGUACAACGGUAUCGUGUUGUUGAGGAAGAGGUUCUGGCGCACGAUUUUGCACAUGACGUGAAGAGGGAAAAGUGAUAUUUAUCAGUAUACCGGGUGAUAAUUUUGUUUAUGUUCACGUAUUAUUUGUCUCAAUCGCCAUUUAUUCAAAAUUUUCAAAGUAACACGAAACAAUUUGAUGAGCUGUAUUUUUGAAGUGGAACUUCUUUACGCGCGCUGGGGAUAAAAAAUCAAGGCCGUGGCACAAAUAUAAUAUACAGGGUGUCCCAGAAAUAAGUAAAAGUAUUUUAACUGGCAAUAUAUUUCGGCAGAAACACACCUAAUGAGGUAUUUUUUGCGAAAUUUUUUUUUAAAAUUUGGAAUUUGUUGAAAAAAGUUUUGGAUUUUUUUUUAGUUUUAAGUUAAAAAAUAUAUUUUCUUGGUAAUA